AUGAUCCGACCAAGCGGUAAUUUCUUCAUGACUGCGAUAGAAAAUGAUGAUUUUCUCGUUAAAUUUGCCGAACGGAUAAGAAGCGAAAAUAUCGAAGUUAUUCCUAUUGGGCUUUUCGAUGCUGAUGAAGAGGAGAUUGAGAUGCUUUCACCUGAAAAUGAGUUCAACAAAAACCGAAUGAAAGACGACAUAGAAGUGCUUCUUCGACCUGAUAAACUGUACGAAGAAAUGUGCGAGAGUAUUCAGCGAAAAGACCAACUUUUGCGGGACAAACUUGAGCUUAUUUCAUCCCUAAUCGGAAAAACUAAGUCUGAAUAA